AUGACUGAUACAGAAAAACGUCAGAUUUUGCCCACUAAUGUUAGGCCAACUCACUAUGACUUGACUUUGACACCUGACCUUGAGUCCUUUACUUUUAAAGGGACUGAGGUUGUCAAUCUUAAUAUCAAUCAAAAUACCAAUAUUAUAUCUCUUAACGCGAAUGAAAUUCAAGUUAAUUCUGCAAAGUUAUCAAAUAUAUCCGGUCAAUGUCAAAAUUCUGUAGAUAUUUAUUAUGAUAUUCAAAAGCAGAUUGUCACUCUUACUUUUCCUAAAGAACUACCAGCUGGAUCUAAAGCUACUUUACAUCUUGAAUUUACUGGGAUAUUGAAUGAUAAAAUGGCUGCAACCUCAGCUCGUCGUGCUUUUCCUUCAUGGGAUGAGCCUGCAAUUAAGGCUACUUUCGAUAUAACUUUAAUUGUUCCGUCAGAUUUGACUGCUUUGAGUAAUAUGAAUGUGAUCUCUGAGACUUCACUCGAGGACGGUAAAAAGAAAGUUAAAUUCGCAACGACACCAAUUAUGAGUACUUAUUUGAUCGCACUUGUAGUUGGUGAUUUAGCCUAUGUUGAGACUUCUACUACUGGUAUUCAUAACGGUGGAAAACCUGUUUUGGUUCGCGUUUAUGCGACAAAAGGCAGUGAACAACUUGGUCAAUUUGCUUUGAAUAUUGGCGCUAAUGCUUUGGAAUAUUUUGCUGAAGUCUUUGGUAUUCCAUAUCCACUGCAAAAGUGUGAUAUGAUUGGUAUUCCGGACUUUGAGGGUGGUGCUAUGGAAAACUGGGGUCUCGUUACUUUUAGAACUGCUUCUAUAUUAUUUGAUCCUAAAGCAUCUGAUGCUAAGUUCAAGGAACAUAUUGCAUACAUUGUGUCCCAUGAAUUAGCUCAUCAGUGGUUUGGUAAUCUUGUAACUAUGAAAUGGUGGGACAAUCUUUGGCUUAAAGAAGGUUUUGCUACUUGGAUUGGAUACUUUGCUGUGGACAAAUUCUUUCCUGAUUGGGAUAUCUGGACUCAAUUUGUCACGAAUACUUUUCAAAACGGACUUCAACUUGAUUCUUUAAGGUCUUCUCAUCCUAUUGAAGUUCCCGUAAAUGAUCCAAGUGAAAUCCAUCAGAUUUUUGACGCAAUAAGUUACAACAAAGGUGCAUCCGUCAUACGUAUGUUGAGUUCUUUCUUAGGAGAGGAUAUUUUCUUAGCAGGAAUUAGACGUUAUUUGAAGAGUCAUGAGUAUAGUAAUGCCAUAAAUGAUGAUUUAUGGAAAGCUUUAACUGAAGAAAGUGGAAUUGAUGUCGGCGAGUUCAUGUCAAAUUGGACCAAAGUUGUUGGAGUAUGCCAUGAUACAUUACAUAUUUGUCAAUCACGUUUUCUUUCAACUGGAAAACCUAAUCUUGAUGAAGAUAAAACAAAUUGGUGGGUGCCACUUGGAAUAGAUCUUGGACCUUUAUCUUCUAAUGGUGAUUUUGGAUCUAAAGUCCUUACUACAAAAGAAUCAGAAUUAAAAUUGCCUCACGGUGCAUUUGAAUUUUAUAAACUUAAUUCACAUGUAACUGGAGUUUAUCGUGUAAAUUAUACUCCAGAACGAUUGGUAAAAUUGGGCCACGCUGUCAAGAAAGGUUUACUUAAUACAACUGAUCGUGUUGGGUUAAUCGCCGAUGCUGGUGCUUUGGCGGUAAGCGGUUAUGCAAAAACAAGUGGUUUAUUAAGCCUCAUUAAUGAAUUCGACUGUGAAGAGAAAUCUAUUGUUUGGAUGCAGAUUAAUUCUCAAAUCACUAAUCUCUUAAGUGUGUGGUUUGAACAACCUGAACAUGUAUACCAAGGACUUUUAAAGUUUCAACGUCACUUAAUUUCAAAAUUUAUCUCAAAAUUGGGUUGGGAAUAUCCUGAAAAUGAGGAUUUUUUAAUUACUAUGUUGAGGACUUUAGUAAUUAAAAUGGCUGGCAGAGCUAAAGUUCCAGAAGUUAUUAAGGAAGCAUUUCGUAGAUUCGAAUUAUUUACAAAGAAUAAUGAUAAAUCUGCCUUACAUCCUAAUAUUCGUGGAGCUGUUUACGAAAUUGUGCUUUGUAAUGGAGGUGGAGUAAAUGAAUUUGAUGCAAUUUUGAAAAUAUAUCGUGAAGCUAAUACAGAAGAUCAGAGACUUGUUGCUUUAAAUGGACUUGGAUUCGCUCAACAAGAAGAUUUAAUUAAACGCGUAUUGGAAUUUUCCACAUCUGAAGAAGCGCGAAGACCACUGUGGAAUUUUGUUAAAGAAAAUUGGGAAACUCUUCAUGACCGAUAUGCCAAAUCUAAUUAUAUGUUUAGAAGCAUAAUUAAAUUUAGUAUUAAUUCUUUUUCAUCUGAAUCUGACAUAAAAGAUAUUGAAGAAUUCUUUUCUAACAAAAAUACUAAAGAAAUUUCAAAACCUUUACAACAAAGUUUAGAAAAUAUUCGUGUCAAUACUGCAUGGUUGACACGUGAUAAAAUGGAUGUAGAAAAUUGGUUGAGAAUUAAUGGAUAUUUGUAA